CCUGCCCAACACUGACAGUCAUGAAGACCUUCAUCAUCGUGGUCGUGGCGGCGGCGCUGGCUACUGGUCAACAGUUCCAGCAGACGAGGGACUUCACUCCUGCCGUCAGGCUUGCUGAGCAGGAUUUCUUCCAGCAAACAAGAGGUUCUACUUUUAGAUCUGUGGAUAACAACAAGAAUCAGUUCCAGAGUUCCUCCUUCCAGUCCAACAACAACUUGCAAGACACCCAGAGAGACAACUUCAGGUCUGGUUUGGUUGACAGCAGCGUCUCCAGACAGUCUGGCACCUUCCUCAACAAUGUCCAGUUCAGAGCAAAUGUUGCUGACCGAAGUCAGUUCCAGGACAGUUCUUUCCAGCAGAACCAACGUAACACCUUCAACUCCAACGACUUCCAGCAGAACAGUGGUAGUAGUUUCUUGUCAGGUGCCACAAAACAAAACGUUGGCAACCGUUUACAGGUCAACAACAACCAACAAAACAUCGACAGAACCAGCCAAGGCAACUUCAACCAGCAAAACGCUGCCACCCGCUCCCAGAUCAACACUAACAAUCGCAUCUUCCAGCAAAGUCAGUUCCAGGAUAAUGCUUUCCAGAGAUCUGGAUCAUCUUUUGAGAAUUCUGACGACACCAUCAGCGGCGUCUAUGAACCUCUGAACCUUCCCUCUGGCGCCAGCGUCCUGAUGGGUAGCAUCUCCACUACGUUCAACUGUCUUGACCGUCCCUACGGCUACUACGCCGACCAAGACAACUCUUGCCGCGUCUUCCAUGUGUGUAAUCCCGCCCUCUUCUCUAACGGUGCUAUCCAAACCUUCCAGUACAGUUUCAUGUGCGGCGAGGGAACCGUGUUCGACCAGAAGGAGAUGACCUGCGUGAUGGAGUCGUCGGCCACCCCCUGCCAGGAAGCCUCCAACUACUACGUCAGGAACCAAGAGUUCGGUCGUCUCGAGGACAGGCAGUUCUGAACACCAUGACGAAAAGUUGUGAAUAUUUCCAACUGAGGUUCCAAGACACUGUACAACUCCGGCAGUUUACAACUCUCCAUCACUCACGAAAUAUGACGACAUAGAAACUGUAAAUUAUAGUCUCUGAAUUUACGAAAUAAAUGAUAAUUAUUUA